CUCCUCAUCUUUCUACUUUUCCCCUUUUUAUUUGUUUGGCCAUUUUCCGAGCAAAAGCGUGCUUUAAACCCAAAACUCAUUUAUUUUUCCCCUUACAGCAACAUUUACAUUAUUUCCAUGUUUUCACUUUUUUCUUUUAUUCUGAUCGGCCAAUUAAUUUUUGUCGUUAAUUCUAACCAAUUGAGGCAUUCAUUGGCCAAUAAACAAUUUAUUGACCAAUUAACUGAAGGAUCCUAUGAGAUUAUCCACCCCUUUCAAUUGCGCGAAAAAUCAAGAGAAAGAAUGGGAAUCGAUACAAGAGAACAUUUUUUAAACACAACACCAAUUCAACAUUUUCGACAAGUUAGCUUUGUUUUGAGGAGCAGUGUUUUACUUAAUCAAAGAUUGAGGAUAGCUUUAAAUUUAAAUGAACAUUUGUUGGGUGGAGGGGAAAAUAAAAAUGAGGCACAGUUAAUUGAUAAAACAGCAAUACAAUCUGAACAAGAUAUGGAAGUGAUUAGGCUUUCGGAUGUUGAGAAUUGUUUUUAUCAGGGCACAGUUAUUGGAGAGCCAGGGUCAAUGGUCACUCUGUCAACUUGUGACGGCCUUUGGGGAUUGCUGGCAUUUGCAAAUGGAAGUGCUUUGGGAAUUUGGCCGUUAGAAGGGGGAGAUAAAGGGAAAAGACAUCCUCAUGUACUCUUUCGAGUUUUUGGGAAUGGAACAGAAUGUGGAAGGGAUAGUGGUAAUGAUAUUGAAGGACAACAACAAGAAAAAUUUAUCAAAAGAAGACGGAAAAGGACAAAAAAAUUUAGAGGGAAGAGGAAAAGUGAAGGAGAAGAAAAUUUGAGACGUUUGAGGCAACAAAGAUUAUUUUUGGAUAUUGCUUUGCUUGUUAAUAAAGAAAUGCAAUAUUUAUUCAAUAUUGGCCAACUAAAAUUAUUAGAAUAUUCAUUAAAUGCUUUAAAUAUUGCUGAUUUAAUAUUUAAAAAAGGAUUAAAUAUAAGAAUUUCUUUAAAUUAUUUUGCUUUAAUUGAGAAUUUAAAUAAAAAUAAUUCCAAUCAAUUACUCGAUGAUUUACUUGAUUUUAUAAUUAAUAAAUUAUAUAAAGAAGAGAAAGAUGUAACAAUAUAUUUAACUAAUUUAAAUAAACAACAACAAAAUAAUGCUUUAAAUGUAGAUAAUAGUGUUUGUAGUGGGAGGGCUGUUGGCUUUACUCAGAUAUUUAAUUUAUAUGGACCACAAACAGCAGCAUUAUCAUUUGCUCAUUCUUUGGGUCAUAUACUUGGUUUAGAACAUGAUUUGGCUGAAUGUGGUUGUGAUAUGGAAGAGUGUAUUAUGAGUGGUAGUAAGGGUCAAUUUGACCAUUUUCCUUGGCAUUUUUCUGCUUGUUCUUCAGCUAGACUUGAAAGAAAACGUUCUGCUGAUCCAAAAAUGGAAUGUCUUUUAAAAUCUAGUAAUUUAUUUUCACAAUUUUCUCCGUCUUUUCUUUGUGGAAAUGGACAAGUAGAUCAAGGAGAGGAGUGUGAUUGUGGAAGGCGGGAUCAAUGUACUGACCCUUGUUGUGAUCCUUUUACUUGUAGACUGCGGCCACACGCCAAUUGUGCUGCACAUGAGGAAUGUUGCCAUCGUUGUCAUGUUCGUCCAUCCGGACAUUUAUGUCGACCAACCCGUUCAAUUUGUGAUGUAGCGGAAAGAUGUGAUGGAAAAAGUGGUGAAUGCCCGCCUGAUAGUCAUUUACUCGAUGGGACACAUUGUGGAUUGGGAAAUAAUGGGCAAUGUUGGCAGGGGGAUUGUGUGGAUAGUGAUGAACAAUGUAGAGAGAUUUGGGGAAAAGGCUCUCGAGUAGCAGAAUCACUUUGUUUUAGUAAAAACGGACAUGCUUUAGAAUAUGGGAAUUGUGGGCGUGAUACCGAGGGAAAGUUUGUAGAGUGUGCACCCGAAAACGAGAGGUGUGGAUUGCUUCAAUGCCAUGAAGGAUCAGCAAGUCCAACAAUACCUAACGCUACAGCUUUUGCUUUCCAAUUUGUACAAGAAGAACGUCAAGUUCAGUGCAAGGUCGUCACAAAUUCUCCUCUUGGCUUUGUUAAAGAUGGAACUUCCUGCGGUGAAGGACGUGUUUGCAUUAGAACUGUUUGCCUUCCACUUGCUCAAGUCUCUCCAUCUGUCAAGUGCCCAAGCAGUGGUUCUAAUAUUUCUCAAUGUUCUGGACAUGGGGACUGUACAAGUGCAGGACAAUGUUUGUGUUUUGAUGGAUGGACAGGGAAAGCAUGUGAUCUUCGUACACCAACUCGCCGAACAGAUAAUCAUCAUUCCCCUUCAUUAGAAUUUUCUUCUCUUCGUGAUAUUUCAACUCGUUUUGUUGGUGUUAGUGAUGGAAAAGUUAUUUUAGAGACAACGACUUUAUUAAUUAUUCUUUUAUUUGUUGGAUUACUUUUAUUAUUAUUUCUAUUAUUUCUUUUGCUUUUUUAUCGGAGAAGUUCGGCUGAUGCAUUUCAACAUGCAAAUAUACAAUUUAAACAAGCAACAACUACAACUGCGGAUGAAGAGGAAAGCAAAAAUGAAAAUGAGAGAAAUAAUGCUAGAACUAUAAAAUUUGGACAAAUGCCAAGUUGGAGGGAAGAAAAACGUACAAGAAAAACAAACAAAAGAGUUUAUGAUGCUCUCCAAAGAAUUACUGAGGCGAAUGAGAUGGACUCUUUGUCGUUAAAAUCACGAGAAUCAUCAAUAGCCCUAAAUAAUGUAUUAAUAAAUCCACAACAACAAAUAAGUCCACAACAGCAACAAACCUGUUUAAAUAUAGCCUCAAACAUUUCUGAAAAAUAUCAACAAUCAAAUUGUUCUCCCCCUCAAAGUCUUCAACAUUCACCAACUAUACAAACAUUAAAUUAUCAGCAAAAUAAUAAUAAUUCAGGCAUUUUUUUUUCAAAAAGAGGGGGAAGUAAUUCUCUAGAAAUGGCAGAAACAUCUUUACCUUUAUCAGAAGGAGGAGAUGUAGAGGAAGAAGCAAUGCCUUUUAACUCCCCUUUUGGCCCUCGCCUUGCCAAUAUUAGUUUAUUGAUGCGAAAACUUGAAGGGACAACGGAAGAGGAAAGAUCAACGCCACCCCUACUUGCUAAUUGGUCAGUUCCACCUCCAGCUUCAGCAGAUUCUGGAAAUCCUGGAAGUAAUUUAGAACUAAGGGAAUCUCCUUCACUUUUCUCUGAUCCUUAUAGGCUAGAUCUGCCUGGAUAG